AUGAUGGAUGAUCGUAGAGUCGCUGAUUAUUUUGUUGUCGCGGGUUUACCUGGUCAAAAUGAUGACUUUGACAAGGACAACGAGGCCGAUAAACUCGAGGACUGGUGUCAAGAGGGCACACACCUUAAGGAUUGUAAUUUACAAGCUCCAAUCACAGAUUUGGCUGUGAUAUUCCCAGCUUUGGGUGAAAAUUGUCCCGAUGGUUAUACUCAAUUGGAGCACACGGUGUCGGGAUUUCCCGCGGAUUUAAAUCACGGGAGUCUACGUACUAAUGAGUGUUAUUUGUGCUACCGGAGAGGUAGAGAUAAACCACCACUUGUAGAUAUUGGUAUUAUCUAUGAUGGCAAAGAGCGUAUUAUGGAAGACGCUCAAAUGAUAACAGAAACACCCCAUGGACAUGUCGCUAAUGUAAAUAAUUCGACAUCGAAAAUAUUUGUAACAUUUAGACGUGCUAGCAAAAAAAUGCCUUGUAAUUCACUAGUUGUUACGGACAUUUGUGUUAUUUUAACAAACAAAGGUGAAACAGCGCCUCAGGCAUUCUGUACAAUAAAUAAAAAUUUAAAUAAAGGUAUGUUAGGAAGUGAUGUUUUUCUGUGUUACAAAAAGUCUAUGAAUAGAGCUAAUUUGAUAUCAUUUAAACCGUCAAUACUGUACAAAUAUCCAAUGACGGACUACAAUAGUUUUGGAUUUCCAAAUUCAGUGGCCAUGUUUUGUUUGCCAAUGGGCGCAACUAUUGAAUGUUGGCCAAAAGUUGCCUGCAAACCGAAGCCUGUAUUCUCAACAUUUGUAUUAACUGUUGCUGAUGCUGCUCAAAAAAUUUACGGCUCUGCAAUAACUUUUUACGAGGAAGUAAUACCAGAUUUUAUAAACAACACUACUAAGCACAACAACGAACACAAUAAUGAGUUAGACGUCAAUACGAAAAUAAAUAAUACCAACACGAGUAUUAUAGAAGGCGAUGAAAGUAUCACAGAUAAACCGCUGAUCAAGAUGAAAGUCUUUAAAAAAUUUGGUGUACUGAAGAAAUUGUCUCUGGGACAGUUGGAAAAAUUACAGUACACUGAUCCAGAAUUACAAUCACUAAAUAUUAGUAAAUCUAUAUGUAUACUGUCUCAUUGGCCAUUUUUUGAUACAUUUGAAAAAUUUUUAGGUUUUUUACACAGUAUGGUUAAUGAAAAACCUCAGUGUAUCCCUAUUGAAAAGUAUAUAUCAUAUUUUUUGUGUGAUAUACCAUUUCCAAGUCCACAAAGACCACGAAUAUUGGUGCAGUUAAGCGCUUCGGAUCGGCUUAUAUUAACGCAGCCGGAGGAUUUAGCGCUACCGCGUUCUGGUGCCAGUUUUCGACAAUUGCUGGUGAACCUCGGACCCGAAAAUUGUAUGCUUAUAUUGCUUUUAAUACUGACGGAGCAGAAAAUAUUGGUGCAUUCAUUGAGGCCUGAUGUGUUGACGUCAGUAAGUGAAGCUAUUGCUAUGAUAUUAUUUCCUUUUAAAUGGCAGUGUCCUUACAUACCACUUUGUCCGCUGGGCUUGGCAGAGGUACUGCACGCGCCGCUGCCAUUUCUAAUUGGCGUUGACUCACGCUUCUUUGAUCUUUAUGACCCGCCAUCGGAUGUUAACUGCGUAAAUUUGGACACCAACAACAUUGUACUGUGUGAAGACAAACGUCACUUGAAUAUAAAGCUACUGCCUAAAAAACCAGCGAGACUUUUGAAGAAUGACCUGGAGCAUAUAUCGAUGAAAUUGAGCAGUCAAGGUAAAUUUCAUUCGCAACGUGAGAAACCGGAUGAAGACUUCAGCGUUGACAAAGAAUUCCAACAAAAGCGAAAAGAGCAAGGACUUGAAUUGGAAAUCCAGGAUUCAUUUUUACAUUUCAUGGCACUAAUUCUAAAAGGAUACCGUAGUUAUUUAUUACCAAUAACUAAAGCACCCACUGUUGGCUCAACAGAUCCUACUAGUCUAUUUAAUAUCCAGGCUUUUCUGCGUAGCCGUGACAAAGCUCAUGCUAAAUUCUACAGCCUACUUGUAAGAACGCAAAUGUUUAUACGAUUUAUAGAGGAGCGCAGCUUUGUUUCUGACAUGGAUAUGGCAGGAUUAGCGUUCUUCGAUGAGUGUACUGAGCGUGUCGAGGAGGAAAACGUCACGUUUCUGGAGUUAGAUGAGUCUCAGCACAGUGAGCGCACUGUUUUUAUACCACCUCCGGAUCCGGGGCCUAAUCAACAGCCAGUUAUUUAUAAAACAUUUAAGUUGAAUCCGGAUUUAAUGAGGCCGCAAAAAAACUUGAGCAAUAAAAACCCGGCAUUGAGUGCUUUUGGUAUUACUCCUGGUAGUCCAAUGGCACGUCGUACUAAACAUGAGAUUAAAGUUGCUCAGAGAAUGGCUCGUAAACAAGCAGCACUUCCUGAACGAUGGGGUAGAUGUUUACUCGGUACGUGUAAUAGUCUGUGGUUCUUACAUUUACCAGCGAUGCUACAAGUAUCAAGUCAACCAGCCGUGAUACUUCAUCAGGCUUAUGAAUUACUGGUUAAAAUGCAAAAGUUAAGGCUAGAUCCGAUGGAGGAAGUGUGUUAUAGAGCAAUGAUGCAACUCUGUGGUGUGUAUGGUCAACCACUACUGGCAGUUAAAUUGUUAUUUCACAUGAAACGCAGCGGCGUGCAACCAAAUGCACUUACAUACGGAUUUUACAACAAGGCUGUCCUUGAAGCCACCUGGCCGUCGGAUAUGACCAACUCGAGCCAACUAAUGUGGAAUAAACUGAGAAAUGUUAUCGUGGGCGCAGCUUUAUUUAAACGGGCUGGUAAAAAAAGUGCAAGACGACGGCUAAGCUCUAAUCCGGACGUUAUUGGUAUUGAAGGAUUAAAAAUACAGGGAAUGGAUAAUUUGGCUACAUCCCGAUCCAGCCUUGAUAGUACGCAUUCUCAUGAUCCUGAAGCUGUUAAUAAUGACUUGGCAUUAAAAGGUAGCUCAGUUCCUGAUUUACCGGGUCUAGGUUUCAUGGACAUGAAGAUAAAAUCUAAAUUCCUGCGUCAAGAUAGUAUCGUGAAAGACGUAGGAAUGAUUUGUGCAGCACAGCCUGAAGUGCUUGAUGAUUCACCAUCUGAUUCACGAUCAAUAGACACGCCGGAAUCACCACUCAAAAGCCCAAUCAGGACUCCAGUAACGGAAAAUGAUCCCUUAGGAGCUUUGGUUAAUGACGAAACUCCCAUUGUAUCCCCGUCUGAAGAAAAUGACUCGAAUUGCUCAACGAGUACACUGACUGUUGUAAACAAUACACUUGGAGAAAGACCCGGAGGCCCUGUCCUAUUUAGGAGUAGUAACGCAAAUACUAUACCACGAAGCGCGACUUUUCAUCAAGCGGUCGACGAGACAGGUCCAGCAAUCAGCAGUCAAUUGCAGAGAAGCGAAACUAUGCCUCACUCGGUUGCUCAGCAGGGUGAGCAAGAAAGAGAACGGGAUCGAUUGGAGAUCAGUAGUCUUUGGUCUAAUAAGGACAGCGUAACGUCUAGUUUAUCAAGUUUGGGGUCAAGUCUCAAACUAAGCUUUGGCCGAUACUCAACCGGAGGCCUGACAUUUGUUAAAAAUAAAGAUUUAAUGACAUCAAACGUAUUCAUUGAAUCACUCAGUCUCUCCAAUUACAUCAGUGUUGACGAUAAAAAUAAUAAUGAUGAUGGAUUACUUUUCAGUCCAUCAAGUUUGACGAGUAAAAAAUCAAACGAGAUAAUCCUCGGUGGAUUGAACAGUUUAAAGUCAGCAGCAACUUCUGUAGCUAAAAAAUUUGACGAAAUAAAAGAAGCUAUUUCGGCAACUAGUACACCAGUUAAGCUGAAAGAACGUGAUCAGCGGCUUGGCUACGGCGUGUCGCACGAGUCGUUAGACUCAUUGACAGAUGGAUCUCAGCAAGAUCGUAAUGAAAUGUCAGCGAGAAUGUCAGGCGAUUCUGGUAUGGAAGUACUGGGAUCACUGUGCGAGCUUGCUGAAUGCAUGUAUCCGAAAGGCUCCAGGGAGUUUGAAGACCGUUUAGCCGUCGAACUUGUUAUCUCCAGUGCUAGUCGCUGUCAUCAUUGCCUGGCUAUAUUAUACGACGAGGAAAUAAUGGCUGGUUGGCAGCCAGAAGAUUCUAAUUUAAAUACUGUCUGUCAAUUUUGCGACAAAGCUACUGUACCGCUUCUUACAGUGACUAUUCUUGAUUAUCGAUGUAACGAAAGUGAAAAAAUAAAUGAUCCAUUAACUGGAGCACUAAUUGAACUGAUGGAUCAACCACGUGAAUUACCAGAGCCUAUUACCGUGCCCUAUUUAAAUCCACUGGUACUACGUAAAGAAUUAGAAAAUGUAUUGAGUCAAGAGGGUGAUACAUGUCUUACUAAGCACCGAUUUAUUCAAGAACAUCCAAUCGUGUAUUGGAAUUUAAUCUGGUACUUUGAAAGGAUAAAUCUAAACAGCCAUUUACCAGAACUCUGGUUCAAUAACGACAACAUUAAAGAUCUAGCCACUAAUUCGAGCUUAGUUGGCGUCCGAACCAUGUGGGACAAUGAAAAACUUCAUAUGAAUCGUCUACCCAUGUAUCUGCAAUGGAAGCAGAAUUUACCAGAAGAACGAUCGCUAAUGCAGAACGUAAUAACAAACGUCCGUCAUAAUAACUUGACAGAACCAAUUAAAAGAGUGGCCUUAGAGAGAAGUAAAGCUGAAGUUAAAGAACAACCACCGUUUUCUAUUUAUAGAGAUAUAUUGUUUUUGGCUUUUACCGCAUUAGGAAGAACAAAUAUUGAUCAAGGAGUUUUUGAUCGACAGUAUACAGCUGCCUUGGAAAAUUUGACAGAUAAUGAAGAGAAAUUAUUACAUAGCACUGAUGCGGCGCCGUCACCAAUGACAUUGUACUGUAGACAUUAUUUUAAACAGUUGAGUGUAUAA